AUGACCCAAGAAUCUGUGAAAUUUGAAGCUCAGAAGAGAAUUUUAUGGAGACUAGAGUCUUACCUCCAAAAGCUCAAUGGAGUCAGUGUGACAACAUCUGCACCCAGAGCUGAGGGGCUCUCUUGUCUUCUCCAUCCUAUUAUACCCUCUCCUGUCAUCAAUGGCUACCGAAAUAAGUCCACCUUCUCUGUGAACCGAGGUCCAGAUGGCAAUCCGAAGACUGUGGGGUACUACCUGGGAACUUGGAGAGACAGAAGCAUCGUCUGUGUAUGGUCUAACCAUCUGAAAAACAUCCCUGAGAAACACAAUCAAGUGGCACAGUACUAUGAAGUAUUCCUUCGACAGUCCCCAGUGGAGCCCUGCCUUCUGUUCCAUGAAGGUGGGUACUGGCGUGAGCUCAUAGUCCGCACGAAUAGCCAAGGGCACACAAUGGCCAUCAUCACUUUCCAUCCCCAGGAAUUAAGACAGGAGGACCUCAAUGUUCAGAAGGAGGCUGUCAAGAAGUUUUUCACCACUGGGCCAGGAGCAGUUUGUGACUUGUCAUCACUUUACUUCCAGGAAAGCACUAUGACGCGUUGCAGCCAUCAGCAGUCCCCCUAUCAGCUCCUAUUUGGGGAACCCCACCUCUUUGAAGAUCUCCUGGGCUUGAAGAUCUGCAUCUCUCCAGAUGCCUUUUUCCAGAUCAACACUGCUGGUGCAGAGGUGCUAUAUCGGACAGUGCGGGAGCUGAGCGGAGUGAACUCUAACACCAUCCUCCUUGACAUCUGCUGUGGAACUGGUGUGAUUGGUGUCUCUCUGGCUCAGUAUGCCUCGCAGGUCCUUGGGAUUGAGUUGGUGGAACAGGCAGUAGAAGACGCCAGGCGGACUGCAGCCUUCAAUGGCAUCACCAACUGUGAAUUCCACGCUGGUCGAGCAGAGAAGAUUUUACCACAGCUACUAAAGUCAAAGGAAGAUGGGCACUUCAUUGUUGCUGUGGUGAACCCAGCCCGGGCGGGACUGCACUAUCAGGUGGUUCAAGCCAUUCGAAACUGUAGGGCUAUCCGCACACUGAUUUUUGUUUCCUGCAAGCCCCAUGGUGAAACCACAAGGAACAUCAUUGAGUGA